GAGGCGGGGUCCCGGCCUCCUCUGCCCUGCUGUCUCUCUGCCCGGGCCGAGCUGGGACGCCAGCCAUGGAGGAGACGCCGCCCCCGCCUCUGGGAUGCAACAAGCCGCACCUAGAGCAGUUGACCCUUGGCAUCACCCGCAUCCUAGAAUCUUCUCCAGGUGUGACAGAGGUGACCAUCAGAGAAAAGGCACCUGCUGAACGUCAUAUGAUUUCUUCAUGGGAACAGAAAAAUAACUGCAUGAUGCCUGAGGAUAUAAAGAACUUUUACCUGAUGACCAAUGGCUUCCACAUGACCUGGAGUGUGAAGCUAGAUGAGCACAUCGUUCCGCUGGGCAACAUGGCAAUUAACAGCAUCUCAAAGUUAACUGAGCUCAACCAGUCUUCUGUGUAUUCACUUCCUAAUGCACCAACUCUGGCAGACCUGGAGGACGAUACAUAUGAAGCCAAUGAGGACCAACCAGAGAAGCCUCAUUUUGACUCUCGAAGUGUGAUAUUUGAGCUGGAUUCGUGUAAUGGGAAUGGGAAGGUUUGCCUUGUCUACAAAACUGGGAAACCAGCAUUAGCACAAGACACUGAGAUCUGGUUCCUGGACAGAGCGUUAUAUUGGCAUUUUCUGACAGAUACUUUUACUGCCUAUUAUCGCCUGCUCAUCACCCACCUGGGCCUGCCCCAGUGGCAGUAUGCCUUCACCGGGUAUGGCAUUAGCCCACAAGCCAAGCAGUGGUUCAGCUUGUAUAAGCCCAUCACCUACAACACAGACCUACUCACAGGAGAGACCGACUCCUUCAUGAACAAGCUGGAUCCAAGCAAAGUGUUUAAGACCAAGAACAAGACUGUAAUCCCAAAGAAGAAAGGGCCUGUUCAGCCUGCAGGUGGCCAGAAAGGGCCCUCAGGUCCCUCUGCCUCUAAACCGUCAUCCAGCUCUGCAAACCCUGUCCGCAAAUGAGCACCACCUCCACCUCUCCACCAUCUCCACAGUAGUGAUUUCCAUGCACAGAUGGUCCCAGGGACACAACCUGAUUAUGUAAUUAUAAGCAUCUCCUGAGUAAACAAAGCCUUAGGCCUUUUACUCCCACUGACAUUAGCUGGGAGGUGGAAGACCAAAUGUACUGAAUUUUACUCAAGAGUCCUUCCCUUAUACUAUUCCUAGUGGGUUGUUCCAGCCUCUGCCUCCAAAAGCUGUGAAGAAUUUCAGAUCUUAAGUGGCCAGAGAAAUCUAUUAAGAGCUUUUCUCUUUUUCCACACUUGACUUUCAACCCCUUAGCAGUCAUUGGAGGAGUCCCCUAAGGAAACCACUGGUUUUUGAUUCAAGAAACAUUGGAGCUAACUGCACAGUUGAGUACAUAGCCAUUAGUCACAUAUGACUAUUUAAAUGACAUUAAAAAUUUAUGUCCUCAGUUGCCUUCACCAAAUUUCAAGAAUUCACAUGGCUAGGGCCAGGGAUUAGCUCAGUAGUACUACACCUGCCUGGCAAGUGCAAGGUCCUAAGUUUGAUCCCUGGUACAGGGGAUGGGAGGAGGAAUUCACAUGGCUAGCAGAUUCCAUAUCGGACAGCACAGAGCUAUGGAACGUUUCCAUCACAGAAACUUACUUUGGACAUCGCUACAUUAGAAUAUUUUCACACUUAUCUUCCUCAAAUGAGUUAAUUUUUGUUGUUAAUGUCAGUGCCUUAACUUCAGGAGUUGUAAUGUUUCAUGACAACUUUACAUAAUUGUGUAUUUAUAUAUUUUAUCAGGAACCUAUCUUACUCUUCUCAUUUUUUAGUUUCCUGUAAACUCUUUCUUCCUCAUCGGCUUCCUGUAAAGUUUUUUUUUUAGUUUGUUUUGUGUUACAGUAUUCACACAUUUGCCAAAAUUUAUAUUUAAGAAGAGAUGUACUUCUGCUAUACUUUAUUCUAACCAUUU